AUGGGGCAACAGUCUUUGAUCUACAGCUUCGUGGCUAGAGGAACAGUGGUUCUCGCCGAAUUCACUGGAAAUUUCACGAGCAUCGCUUCUCAGUGCCUCCAGAAACUCCCUUCCUCCAACAACAAGUUCACCUACAACUGCGAUGGCCACACCUUCAACUAUCUCGUCGAAGACGGCUUCAGUCUAUUUCUUCUUCAUUCAACUGCUUAUGGAUAUGUAAGCUCUUCAACUCCGGCAUUUCCUUCAAGAAUAAAGCGGGUGUUCUACAUGUCAAGUGAAGGCAACAAUUUAUUGCAUGAGGUUUUUCCCAAUGUAAACCCAACUGUCCUGGAUUAG